GCACAAACAACAUCACAGAGUACAUCGUUGAAAAUGUACAAUUCGUACGGGUCAUAUAGCUCCAUGAGCGAGCUCGCUCAACCCAUGAACAUCACCCAGGGCACCUACCUGUCCAGUCCCUCACACGGCGCCGGCUCCUGCGCAUUUCCUUCAUGGCCACAACGUUCGUCACUUGCCGAGUCGGCGCGAGACGAGAGGGCAACAUCUUAUCUCUCGGAUGAUGACCUCUUCCCGCAGGACUUGGAGGAUGACGCGCACAGCAUCUCGAGCGCCAGCAGCGCUACCUCGGGCUCGCUGCACAUGACCUCGGAGGAGCUUCUGGAGAUUCAGCGCGAGAAGGCUCACAUGCAACGGGAGGCGCUGCGGUUCCUGCUGAUAGAGAAGGAGCGCCGGAAACUGGCCUACAAGAAGCAGCGUCGGUCCAGUUCCGGGUCCUCCUCCAAGAAAGAGACCCCGAGAUCCAAGCCAAGCGCUAUGACGCCUAUCUCCGAGGCGGUUGAGUGA